AUGGGUAUCGCUGGGUCCGAUGUCUCCAAACAAGCUGCAGACAUGAUUCUGCUUGAUGAUAACUUCGCCUCGAUUGUCGUAGGAGUGGAAGAAGGCCGUCUGAUUUUCGAUAACCUCAAGAAGUCUAUCGCUUAUACAUUGACCUCCAAUAUUCCUGAGAUCUCACCUUUCCUCACUUAUAUUCUGUUCGGUAUUCCACUUCCACUCGGAACCGUCACCAUCCUUUGUAUUGAUCUCGGAACAGACAUGGUUCCUGCUAUAUCCUUGGCAUACGAAGAAGCCGAGUCUGACAUUAUGAAGCGACAGCCUCGUGACCCCAUCCGUGACAAACUUGUCAACGAGCGUCUAAUUUCUCUUGCUUACGGUCAGAUCGGUAUGAUUCAAGCAUCAGCUGGGUUCUUUACCUAUUUCUGGAUUAUGGCCGAUAAUGGGUUCUGGCCUAAAGACCUCUACCAACUUCGUGCUCAGUGGGAUUCUCGUGCAUACAAUAACGUGCUUGACUCAUACGGACAGGAAUGGACCUACGCCAACCGCAAGAUUCUCGAGUAUACCUGCCAGACAGCCUACUUCGUCUCCAUUGUUGUUGUACAAUGGGCUGAUCUCAUCAUCUCUAAAACUCGCCGUAACUCUAUUGUCCAACAGGGUAUGACUAACUGGACUCUCAACUUCGGUCUAGUGUUCGAAACCGCCCUUGCGUGGUUCAUGUGCUACUGUCCCGGAUUGGACAAUGGUCUGCGUAUGUACGGACUGAGGUUCUCGUGGUGGUUCUGCGCGUUACCAUUUUCCGUACUGAUCUUCGUCUACGACGAGGCUCGUCGCUACUGCAUCAGAAGAUGGCCAGGUGGAUGGGUGGAGCAUGAGACAUACUACUAA